GCUACAUAAUGCAAUUCUGUGUACUGAUAUGUAAUUCAUACAAACACAACUUCCUUAUUUAGCAGGAAAUUCUCAAAAAUACCUGGUACCUACAUUUACAUGAAACGAAAAAAUGAGAUUUCUUCAACGGAAAUGUUUCUUCAUGAUGUUGGUCAGCUGUUGUAUUAACUCAAGCAAUGCUUGUCCGACUUCUUGUUAUUGCCAAGAUGUGUCAGAGGGAGGAAAUGUUGACUGUAAUACAAAGGGACCAAACAUAGUGCCACAAAAUAUUCCAACUUAUGUUAAGAAACUGUACUUGUUUAGUAACAUCAUCGAAAUGCUGAACCAGGAUUCCUUCCCAGGAUUGUCAUCGCUUAAUGAAUUAUAUUUAUACAGCAAUUCAAUAAAAGACGUUCACAGAGAAGUGUUUUAUAACUUAACCAAUUUGGAAAUACUACAGUUAGGUGAUAAUGUGAUUGGAAACCUUGACAGAACAGUCUUUCAAAAUUUAGAUAAAUUAACAGAAUUGCAUUUACAACAAAACAAUAUAACAACGCUCCCAGAAAAUAUAUUUUCAAACCUGAAGUCGUUGCAAGUCCUAUAUUUAUAUGAAAAUUUCAUACAAGAAUACGAUACAGAUGUUUUCAGUGGUCUUCAUCAGCUUCGGGAAUUAUAUCUUCAGAAUAAUAGAGUAUCGUACCUAACAACCGAAAUUUUUACCUACCUACGGUUCAAGGAGAUAUUGGACUUUUCGCAAAACCAAUUACAGAGUCUCCCGUCGAAUGUUUUUUCGAACCUUACAUCGUUAAGAAUCUUAUAUCUCUACAGUAACUUUAUAGCAACACUUAGUGAACAUACAUUUUGGAAAGUAAAUAAACUUGAACAAAUAGAUAUCCAUGACAACAAAAUAUCAACAAUUGAAAAUUCCUCGUUUGGGGAUCUUCCAACACUGACAACACUUCAAUUGCAUUAUAACUUAAUCACCUGUGAUUGUUACAUACGUUGGUUCCGUGAUUGGCUUCUAUCACGACCUACCUUAGGAACAGCUUACGCCACAUGCAAAACUUCUGGAAUAUAUAUAACAGAUGUGACUGAUGAUGCUUUUGAAGAAUGCAACGGCAAAAGGCCUUGCCCAAGUGGAUGGACUGGUCAAAAUUGUGAUGUAGACAUUGAGCCUCCAAUUAUGUUUGCAUGUCCAGGCAAUAUGACUGCCUUCACUUCAGAAUAGACAAAGACUCUGGAAUGGUCUGUACCUGAGUUUAUCGAUCCAAACAAUGAAACUUUGGAAGUAUUUUCAAAUUAUCCUGAAAGCAAAUGGACUUUUCCAUGGGGAGAUUUUAAUGUCAGUUAUUCAGCACUGAAGCCAUCAAAUGGUCUUCGAACUGAAUGUUUAUUUGAGAUAAGAGUGCGACCAUAUCCCUGUAAUGAUAUUGCUGCUCCGAUCAAUGACGCUAUUCUUUGUAACAACUGGAGAAAGGAUUUUGGACAGUUUUGUAUUCAUUUAUGUCAGGAAUCAUAUACAGUUGGUAGAGGAAUAAAUCCAAAUAAUAUCUAUGUAUGUGGUGCUUCUGGCUCAUGGCUUCCAAGUUCUAACAGCCCAGAUUGUAACGUUAUUGUUUCGUCAUUACUGGCUACAGACGGAUACAUCAUUGCAAACAGCUACAAAGAUUGUACUAUGGGUAUCAAAACAAUGCAGUCAUUCUAUAUAACAAAUCUAAAAGAGUCAAUGUUUACAAAAGAACGACUCUUCCUUGUCAGGAUAUAUAUUGUUGUAUAAUAUAGUAUUAAAUAUUUCUUGUAGAUUUCCUUGUAUAAUAAAAUGCAA